UGGCUUCCUGUAUGGGGAGUGUGUUUUUAACCUUGUAGGAGUGAGGGGAGGAGGUGGGGCACCAGGGAGGAGGGGUUGUAGAAGAAGAGGAAAGUCUCCUCUCCUCCAGGUGUGAGAACUUAGACUGCUUCAUCUCAUGAACUGGCCUUCCCCAGACAAAAGCCCAGCUAUGGUCAUAGCAGGUACAUGAUCCAGCAUGGAAGUCAGAAAUGGAGAACCCUUCCAAUGUCCCACUGGGGACCUUCCCCAGGCCCCAGGAGAGAGGGCAGAAGGAAUGGAAACACCUAUCCAGGUGGUACUUAGAGUCCGCCCCAUGAACCAGGCUGAGCUGCGCAGAGGGGAGCAAAGUGUUCUUCACUGCUCUGACCCCAGGACUCUGCGGGUGAGUCCUCUAGGUGGUGGCCGGGAAGUUGCUUUCCACUUCAGUGUAGUGUUGGAUGGAGCCCGCACUCAGGACGAGGUGUUCCAGGGUAGUGGAGUCCAGCGUCUGGUGGAGCUUGCUCUCCGUGGUUUCUCCUGCACAACCUUCACCUUUGGGCAGACAGGCUCUGGAAAGACCUACACUCUGACGGGGCCUUCUCCCCAGGGAGAAGGGGAACCUGUGCCCCACAGCCUGACUGGGCUCAUGCAGCGGUCCUUUGCCUGUCUCUUGGAUAAAGUCCAGCAUGUCGGGACACCCAUUACUCUCAGUGCCUCUUACUUAGAAAUCUACAAUGAACAGGUUAGGGACCUGUUGAGUCGAGGACCCCACCAUCACCUUCCUGUUCGCUGGAACAAGACUCGGGGCUUUUAUGUGGAAAAACUGAAAUCAGUCAAAUUUGGUACAUUCGAGGAAGUGAUGGAACUCUUGUUGGAAGGUCUGAAACGUCGUCGGAGUUCAGCUCACACUCUGAAUGAAGUCUCCAGCCGUAGCCAUGCACUGUUCACCAUCCACAUUCAGUGGCCUGUUGCAUCCCCCAGCAGGCCCAAAGAGCAGACAUUUGGAAAGCUGUGCUUUGUAGAUCUGGCGGGCAGUGAGAAAGUAGCAGCCACACGUUCCCGAGGAGAGCUGAUGCUGGAGGCCAGCAACAUCAACCGCAGCUUGCUAGCCCUGGGCCACUGCAUCUCUCUGCUACUGGACCCACGGCAGAAGAAGAACCACAUCCCCUACAGGGACAGCAAGCUCACCCAACUGCUGGCAGAUUCUCUGGGUGGUGGUGGAAUCACCCUCAUGGUGGCCUGCGUGUCCCCUUCAGCCCAGUGCCUCCCAGAAACACUCAAUACACUACGCUAUGCCAGCCGAGCUCAGAAGGUCACCACCCGGCCCAUGCCUAAGGGUCCCCUUGGUCCGCAGCCUCUUGGACUUGAGGAGGAGAUCCAGCAGCUCCGUCAGGAGAAUUUGAUGCUGAAACAGAGGCUGGAGAAGCCUCUGGGUCACAGGGCCUCUAGGAGCAAGAGGUCCCGAUCUGGCUGGGCUGAGAGAAGCCUCUAUGGGAUGCUACAGGAGUUCAUGCUGGAGAACCAACAGCUUAGAGAGGAAAAAAUCCAGCUUCAGAGCAGCAGGGACCGUGCCUGGAAUGAGCAGCAAGUCUUGGUUCAACAGCUUAAAGAACUCAACAGGCGCCUCCUCUGCUCUGCUGGCCACAGUACCCGCUGCCCUCCUGAGCAUUUCUCUAUUCCCACCAUGCUCUGCCCCUGCUCAGUAUCUCGAGGGCACUGCCAAGCUUUGUCCUGCCACCAGGUGCUGCCUCCCCUCUGCUCUUAUGACUGCAACCGACUCUGUUACUUGUGCUAUGCUCCCCUGCCUCCAUGUGCUGGUUCUCGGCUCCAUCAGGCCCAGAGGGGAGAAGCCUCACUCAUUCCAGGCUAUCUGCCCUCCCAGAUUCUAUCAGAGCUACCUCCACUACACAUGUUUGGUACCCAAGCCAGGGCCCCAUGGAAACUGGAAGUUUCCAGUCCUCAGGUUCAGAACCAACCCUUUGCCCAGCCACCAGGCCUUCACCUCAGUGAGCACUCUGUGAAGAGGAAAAGCAGUGAGUGGGCCUGGGCUCACUUCUUGGCAGAGACCCUGGCAAUGGAGGAAGCCUCUGGAAGAGUAGGCCAAGUCACACCCUCAGCACCACCUCUGCCUGAGGAUGCCUGCAGCACACCUUGGAGACCGAGAGUCAGGGGUCCCGAGUGCAUCCAGAAUAUUGGAGGAAGAAAUGGAGGUGCUGAGGAACCAGAUCGACUGUACCCUGCACCUGAGCCAAGGAAAGCCACCUACUUCCCAGGAGAAACAUUUUGGCUCCAGACAACACCUCCCACCCUGCUGAAUUGUGCCUAUCUUGUUUGCUCUACCUGGGAGUUGUGCUCCAAGUGAUGAAUGACUGAUUGCUUGGGUUAGGUUAGAGGAUUGGAGGUGUGGGAGUGGUGUGUAUUGGAGGGUGGUGAUGAUCCAAGCUAAAGAUGGACUAUGUCUAAUACUUGGUACCAAGUCUCUGGCCCCAAAGAGGGCUCCCCUCAACCACUUGCCGAGGCCAGGCCACUUUUGUUCCCCUCCAAAUCUGAAAUAGUCAGGCUUCGAGAAAGUAAAAACAUUAAUAAAGACAGAAAA